CUCGGCAACAGAUGGCAUCGUAUCUCUGGCGUGUGUCAUCGUGUCUGUGGGCGUCUGUAAGUGCUAGCAGUUCGAGAACCAGCCGCAAACAAUGAGCAACGCAGCAGCAGAUGCCGGCGGCGAAACACGCCGCCCGAAAGUGGUCGUUACUAAUGGCGAAGUUCCUAAGGAGGCCAUCCAGCUGCUGAAAGAGACGUGCGACGUGGUGGAGUGCAGCGAGCUGCCGUUGCCGACGCGCGCCGACAUCCUGCGGCGGCUGCCGGGCGCCGACGCCGUCAUGUGGGUGGCGAAGGCGCGCCUGGACGAGGAGAUGCUGCGCGCGGCCGGGCCUCAGCUGCGCGUCGUCUCCACCAUGUCGGCGGGCUACGACCACGUGGACGUGGCGGCGGCGCGCGCGCGCGGCGUGGCCCUGGGCCACACGCCCGGCGUGCUGGCCGGCGCCGUGGCCGAGAUCUUCGGCGCCGGUCUCGACGUCACCACCCCGGAGCCUCUGCCUCCCGACCACGAGCUGUUUGAGCUCGACAACUGCAUAAUAACUCCACAUAUUGGCAGUGCCACAUAUGGUACCCGAACAAAGAUGGCACUUCUUGCUGCGCGUAAUAUUCUUGCUGGUUUAAAUGGAGAGAAACUGCCAGCUGCUAUUCCAUAACUUAUUCACCACUCUCACAGAUUAACAACGAUCACUGUACGCAAACAAUUUUACUAACUUUAAUAUUUCGUACAAAACCAUGAAUCAAGAAAAUAAUUCCCUUAAUUCGAUCCCAUGAUAUUUCUCUUCACAUAAUAUACUUAUAAAUAAAUGAAAAAGAUAUGGAACUAGUAGCAUUACAAUAUAAUGCAUUCUCAUUAUUUGUAAUGGAAACAUGAAAUUACAAAAAAAAUUUAAGGCUUUCGUACCAAUCAUAUUUCAGAAAAUGCUUCAAGAGUUUUGGUUCAAUAGAAAUUGUCCUUAUAAAGGAGUGGUCCAUUCCAAUAUACCCAAAGACAUUAUCCCUUCAAUUAGGUCCAAAGAAAAAUGUCCACCAAGUUAUCCUAUGAUUUACAAAUUACACAGUUUAAUCAAGCCCAAACAGUCAAAAUGGCCAAUGUUUAUCUGAUACAAGGGCCUAACAUUACAGGCCCUUGCAUGUUAUCCUUUUUUCUUCAGUUUUUCCUUCUAUGAACUAAGAGUGACUUUUGUUUGGUUAUUAUUUUUUAAAUAAUCACAUAAUUCGAACAUAAAUAUUUAAA